AUGGACACCUCAACCAUCUCCUCCACCACCGGAGCCCCCUCCCCUGCUCCCACGGCCACUGACGGGCCCUCGGCAGCCCCCACCACGCCCGGGGACACCUCAACCAUCUCCUCCACCACCGGAGCCCCCUCCCCUGCUCCCAACUCCACCGAGGUCACCUCCACCACCGCGCCCCCCACCACCCCACCCCAAACCACCACCAGCGCCGGUUUCCCAGCAGGUGAGUCCUCCGCUGACCCCCUCCCCAUUUUUCUCCCUGCCCCCCCAGUGAUCUGUGAGAACGGCGGCACCUACGACGGCAUCAAGUGCAUCUGCACCGCGUCCUUCUACGGCCCCGCCUGCGAAUACUCCACCAACGCCAUCGACACCAACCUCCCUUACCCGGGGACGCUGGUGGCCGACACCGAGCUCGUGGUGACCGUCACCAACUUCAACUACACGGAGGCGCUGAAGGACGCGCAGUCGGAGACCUACCGCUCCUUCGAGAGGCACUUCGAGAUGGAGAUCAGGAAGAUCUACGGCGCCAUCCGCGGUUACGAGGGCGUGAAGAUCAUCGGCCUCAAGCCCGGGAGCAUCGUGGUGGACCACAAGGUCUUCUUCACCGUCACGGGGACGGGAAACGUGACCGGGCGCUUCGAGGGGCUCAUGGACGGCCUGGUGGGGCGGCUGCGGGAGACGGUGGCCAGCCAGGGCGCCUGCCAGCACAACCGCUCCAUCCUCUGCCUCAAUGUGUUGCCGAACCCCAUCGUCAAGAACAUGACGGAGGCGCCUUCGCUGGACGAGAUCUGCUGGCAGCGAGCGCCCAGGGACUACCGGGACUUCUACUUCGCCGUGACCACGGGCGACACCAUCCAUUGCGUCACCAACUGCACCCCCAACGCGCCCACCACCAUGGAUUGCCACCACGGCCAGUGCCGCGUCACCCGCGCCGGCCCCCAGUGCUUUUGCGACGAUGAAGCUCUGUACUGGUACACGGGGUCCCGCUGCUCCGGGCGGGUCAGCAAGUUGGCUACCGGGUUGGGGCUGGUGGCCACCGUGUUGUUGAUCACCUGCAUCGUCCUCACCGUGCUCCUGUUCCGGGAUCACCAGAGGAAAUACGUGUUGAGCCCCCCUCAAACCUCUUCUGUUGGCACAUGGUACGAGGACGAUGGCCUCACCUGGCACGCGAACGAUGGCUUCAUCUACCGCAACAUGGGAGCCGACGGUGCCACAGGUUGA